UCAGGAAAUGAUCUGUGGUAUCAUUUAGAGCUUUAGUAAACAGCGUUAAAAUGGAAAAGAGUGGUGUAUUUAAAAUUGUCUUAAUUUUUGCCGUUUUGCAUCCGGCUUUAGCGAGCUUUAAAAGGCUUGAGGAUAAAACCAAAUGCCCGGUUGUGAAGCCCAUUCGAAAUUUCGAUUUACAACAGAUGUUAGGAGAGUGGUACGUCAUCGAAUACUAUGCGAGUUCUGAAGAAGCUAUCUCGUACAAAUGCAUGCGUGCCGACUUCACGAUGUCGGCUUUAGAGAGCGUCAACAUGAACUUCACAUACAGUUUCACGGAUGACCCCAUCAACGAACAACUUAUCGGAAACAUCACUUGGACCAUACCAAACCCAGUCGAACCCGCACAUUGGACUCACUCGGAGGACACCUACGAGGGCGUGUACAACACCUACAUCCUAGACUCCGACUACCUAUCCUGGGCGCUCUUGCUGCACUGUGCCGAAAAAUCCAAAGUGCCCAGGUACCUGUCCAGCUUCAUAAUGAGUAGGGAGCCAGUCCUGGGUGUCAACGUGAUAUCUUACCUAAGAGAUAAACUGCCGAGGUACGACAUCGACCUCACGUACAUGUUCGACAUGUCUCAGGACGACUGCAACUCCACGAUCUCUGAUCUGCCCCCAGGGGUCUUGCUAAAUAGGCCCCUGGUGGGAAGCAGGAGGCACCCUAUGAAGCACCGUCAUUAACAAGUCGUUCUAAUACCGUUAUCGGCGAUAGAAAAUAUAAAAUAUUUAAAGCGUAUCGUAAAAUAUUAUAAGUACUUAUGAAUAGGGCGGCCUAUUGUCAGUAUCACCCCCUAGCUUCUCUGCACCAAAAAAUAUUUCGUAAAACCUUGUUUUAAUAGUUCACCCUGUAUAUUUUGAUACAUUUGGACAGAACUUGGGGGUGUCUCUAAUAAAGUGACAUACGCCAAAACAUUGUGUCAAUUUUUUGGCUAAUAGGUACUGUCAAAAGGCCAUUUUUAUUUCGAAAUGUCAAUAGGUGACACUUAUGGCAGAUCAGCCAGUACAAAUAUUAAUCUAAUGUAAAAAUAUUUGUUAGUCCUAUCUCUAAUGAUUGAAAUAUUAUCAUGUAUGUUGUAAUAAUAAAUUAACGCACAUUAUUUU